CGCGCCAGUCCGAACCUCUCAACUCGCCAACUCCUCCUCCUCCUCCUCCUCUAGCUGCCAACAAGCUAGCAAAAGAGGACACCCCGUUGGCUUCUUUAUCAAGUCGUUGAAGCAAAAACCACUCUUAUCCUAUCAAAAUGGUCAAAGUUCUCGCUGUCCUCUACGACGGUGGCCAGCAUGCCAAAGACGUCCCGGAGCUUCUAGGAACCACCGAAAAUGAGCUCGGCCUCCGGAAAUGGCUCGAGGACCAAGGCCACACCCUUGUGACUACGUCGGAUAAAGACGCAGAGGACUCUGUUUUCGACAGAGAACUCGUGGACGCCGAAGUCAUCAUCACCACACCCUUCCACCCCGGUUAUCUCACCGCCGAGCGAUUGGCAAAGGCCAAGAACCUCAAGCUUGCCGUCACCGCCGGCAUCGGCUCCGACCACGUCGACCUUAACGCGGCCAACAAGACCAAUGGCGGCAUCACCGUCGCCGAGGUGACGGGCUCCAAUGUUGUUUCCGUCGCCGAGCACGUCGUCAUGACCAUCCUCCUCCUCGUGCGCAACUACAACCCCGCCCACGAGAUGAUCGAGCGCGGCGAGUGGGACGUUGCCGCCGCCGCUAAGCAGGAGUACGACCUCGAGGGCAAGGUCGUCGGUACCGUCGCCGUCGGCCGCAUCGGCGAGCGUGUCCUCCGUCGCCUCAAGCCUUUCGACUGCAAGGAACUGCUCUACUACGAUUACCAGCCUCUGAGCCCCGAGAAGGAGCAGGAGAUUGGCUGCCGUCGCGUCGAGAGCCUCGAAGAGAUGGUCGCCCAGUGCGACAUUGUCACCAUCAACUGCCCUCUGCACGAGUCCACAUGGGGUCUCUUCAACAAGGAUCUGAUCUCCAAGAUGAAGAAGGGCAGCUACCUCAUCAACACGGCUCGCGGCGCCAUCGUCGUCAAGGAGGAUGUCGCCGAAGCCCUCAAGUCGGGUCACCUCGCCGGCUACGGUGGCGACGUCUGGUACCCCCAGCCCGCCCCCAAGGACCACGUCCUCCGCCACGCCAAGAACCCCUUCGGCGGCGGCAACGCCAUGGUUCCUCACAUGUCCGGAACCUCUCUCGACGCCCAGAAGCGCUAUGCCGACGGUGUCAAGUCCAUCCUGACCAGCUACUUCAGCGGCAAGAUCGACUACCGCCCCGAGGACCUCAUUGUCCACCAGGGUGACUACGCUACCAAGGCGUACGGCCAGCGGAACAAGGCGUAAACUGGGACUAGACAAUGGGGAUCUAGCAUGGAAGAGUGUCGUUUCUUAUGUCUGGUCACUCCAAAAGGGUAAAGUAAAGGGUCAAGGGGUUUAGCCGUCUUUUAUUGCAUCAUGAUAGUUCACUCGGCAGUUGUUUUCUUUUUUUUUUCUU